UCCGCCCCUGGCCCAUGUGACAGCUUGGACAUUUGUAACAGUUGAACAACUCCUGCUGCAGUGUCUGAACGCUAGUCUGAAGACAUGCGGGUGGCAGUGAUAGGAGCUGGAGUCAUUGGCCUGUCGACAGCUCAGAGCAUCUACGAGCAGUAUCAUUCAGUUGUCAGUCCACUGACCAUUGAAGUGUAUGCAGACCGUUUCACUCCACUGACCACUAGUGAUGGAGCCGCUGGCUUCUGGCAGCCAUACUUGUACGAUAAGGGCAACACCCAGGAGACAAAAUGGAAUAAAGAGACCUUUGACUACUUGCUGAGCUAUCUCAGGUCACCAGAGUCCAUAAAAAUGGGUAUAUUCCUUCAGUCUGGCUACAACCUUUGCACUGAACCAGCUCCAGAUCCCUCAUUUAAAGAUGCCGUCCUGGGCUUCAGACAGCUCACAGAACGAGAGCUGCAAAUGUUUCCUGGAUACAAUUACGGGUGGUUCAACACUGCUCUUAUGGUGGAAGGUAAAACAUACUUACCUUGGCUGAUGGAUUGGUUGCAAAAAAGAGGUGUGAAAUUUUAUCACAGGAAAGUCAAGUCAUUUGAGGAGCUGGCAAAAACUGGGGCAGACGUAAUCAUAAACUGCACGGGGGUAAGAUCAGGAGAGCUCCAGCCGGACCCAGACCUGAAACCAGGCCGGGGUCAGAUAGUGAAGGUGGAUGCUCCAUGGCUGAAGCACUGGAUUAUUACCCACAAUUUUAGCAUGGGAAUCUACAAUUCACCAUACAUCAUUCCAGGGAGUCAUCUGGUGACAGUCGGAGGGGUUUUUCAGUUAGGAAACUGGAGUGAACAGAACAACUCCACUGACCACAAGAAGAUCUGGGAUGACGCCUGCCAGCUCGAGCCUAGUCUCAAGCAUGCCAGGGUAGUAGAGGACUGGACUGGCCUCAGACCUACUCGCAGCAAAGUUCGACUGGAAAGAGAGACCAUAAAUUCUGGUGCAACUGCAAUAGAGGUGAUACACAACUAUGGCCAUGGAGGUUUUGGACUCACCAUUCAGCGAGGCUGUGCUCAGGAGGCAGCAAGGCUUUUAGGUCAGAUCAUGGAACAAAAAGGCCAGGGUCCAAAAGCUCGCUUGUAAAUUUGUGAGUAGUGAUUAGUGCACUCCUUUCUCAUAUAUCAUUAGUUCCUUGUAUUGGUCUUGUCUAUACUAACAUUUAAAGCAAACCGAUAUCCAGUGUCAUGUGUUUUGGGGCUAAUAACAUUAAAACAAUGUCAUUCAGACAGUAUGUAAUGGGAAAUAGGAGACACUGUUCUCAGUUAAGAAAUGGCUCAUUCACAAGUAACAACAUUUUUCUUUCAUUUUUAAAAAGCAUAUAUUUUGAAAUUCGUCUUAGUAAAUGUAGAUAAAGUAGACAAACUUAAUGCUAAUGAUUAUACUUGAUAAAAUCACUGAUUAGAUUUUUUAGCAAUAAAUAACAGGGAUCAUUGCUCUUUUUGAAAGAUAAUUUACUAUAGUAUCAUACACAUUU